AUGAUCACGUCAAGUUGUGUGGAGGAAUUGAUAGGAAGUAAAGUGUGGCAGUUGUUAAAGAACGACCAAAAGGAAUGGGAUAUGGACAUCGUGGGGAAUAUUUUUAAUGAGUCGGACCAGCAGAGUAUUAGCUCAGUCCCUUUCAGUGUUCGAAAAGUUAAAGACAACUGGAUAUGGGUUUUGGAUCCGAAAUUCCGAUUCUCUGUUAAAAGUGUCUAUACAUGUUUGAGAGGUGAGUUGGAGACAGUUCAUAAUUCUGAUGUGUGCAGGGUCUGGAAUUCGAUAUGGAAUAUGAACAUUCCUUUGGGGAUCAUAAACUUCAUGUGGAGACUGUUGUCUGGGUAUCUUCCUACUUACGAUGCCCUCGCUUCCAAACACGUAUCUAUUAAUGCCCUCUGCCGGGUGGUCAGUAAUCCUAAUGUUACAGAUUGGGUGUGCAGCUGGAUGGGUAGAUGUAAGAAAGAGGAGAGCGAGCUGAUUUCCAUGGUGUGUUGGAGAAUUUGGCUUAACAUAAACGAUAUGGUCAGGAAUGGGAAGAGUAGCAGUGUGGAUAAUGUCAUCAAUUCAGCAGGUGUACAGCUCUUUCAAUGGCAGAGAGCGAGAGGUAAGGUAGCUGGCCAUAAGGAUGACGAGAUGGAAAGAGAUUCGGGAGCAGUGGCGUGGAAGAAGCCGGAGGCAGGUUGGUUCAAAGUGAAUGUUGACGCCGCUGUGUUUGAGCGUGAGGGCGGUGCUGGGUUAGGUUGCGUGGUGCGUGACGACGAGGGAAUGAUUAUCCAAGCUCGACAUGCUAACAUUUCAGGUAACUUUUAUCCCAGAACGGCAGAGAUAAUGGGUAUUCGAGAAGCUCUGAGUUGGCUUAAAGGUUGGAGGAACAUUAUUAUUGAGUCAGACGCUCUAGAAGUUAUUAUGGAUAUUCGUAAUGCGAAGGCUCAGGAUGGAGAUUUAUUGAUUGAUGAUUGUGUUUUUUUGGCGAAACAGUUUCCUAAUUUAGUUUUUGAUUAUGUAAGGCGAUCUGCGAAUCAAGUUGCGCACUGUUUAGCGCAUAAUGCUCGUUUCUUGUCAGGUCAUCAGGAGUGGUUUUCGGACUUUCCUGACUUUCUUACGUCUGUAACUGUUUCGAAUAUUUCUCAAUAA